CCAUCAUAUAUUCUUUGGAACUAUAUUCGGAGAUGCUAAAAUUGGAAAAGUUAUAUUUGAUUGUGUUAUUGAAAUAUAAUGAAUUAACUCCUGAUGCAAACACCUCACUAGAAGAAAAUAAAAUAGAAAAUGAAUAUGAGUAUUUUGGAAAUAAAAAGUAA